AUGAUGGCUUUCCACAAUGAGUCGAUUGGGCCUGGCAAGACGCCUCCUAGAUUGAUUGCGGAUUUGCUUGACUAUAAUCCAAGGCUAAAAAGAGAUGGAUACAAUUUGAUGACAGAUCCGGCGCCAAAGUUUUGCGACGAAGCACUAAAUCGAAGAAGCCCAAGUGAUUGCAGACAUAGGCUCAUAAAAAAAGACAGUCUUCAUACAACAAAACCGUCAAAUAACGAUGAGUCGAAAUCAACGCAGCAUGUCGAGGCAAUGUGCUUGACUUGUAGAUGUCACUUUAGUAUCAACGCCGUAUUUAGACCCACAGAGUUUGGUGGCGAACCUUGCAGUCUCUUCGAACCGCACUUUCCUAUGCACCACUUUAUCUUAACCAGCUCAUCUCAGUCUGAGGAAAAUAUCAAUCCUGCUGAUGCAAUCAAGUACGAUGGCUUAUAUGAAUGGUACGAAUAUAGUUGCUCCGCUCCAAAUUGCCCAAUCAUUGUCAGUAUUAAAAUCUUAUUUCCUCGACUCAGUAAGAGUUUACUUCUCCCGAUUGAAGAUUCUGAGCUAUUAGAAGAGAGAGGAAUUAGAGAAAUUCAGAAAGAUCCAGUGAGGUUUGAUGGUGAACGUCCUGCUGAACCCAUUACGGCCCUUUCUCAUCUUAGAUCGUACCUAAGUGAUGCUUUGAGUUGCAAGGGAGAUCUAAGGAAAAUUUCAACCCGUAACAAAAAAUUUAGGAUCUCUUUUGCAGAUGACUGUAAUUAUAUAUUUGAGUAUCUGGAUUUUAAGUUAGUUAGGGAUACCCUGGAAGGGGAUGAAUUCAACACUUUUUGGAGACUUCCAAGGAUAACGGACAAUAACAAAAAGUUCAUUGAAGAUGCCUAUUUCGAAAUAACACUAAGGGUACUUACUCAGCCUAAGCACUUCGACAUGCGCACAUUUCCUACUCCUGUCUGUGCGAUGAAGCACAUAAGAAUCGUACUAGGAUAUAAUGAUUAUCCAGAAAGAACAAGAUUAUUUGAUGCUGACACGGAGGAGCAUCCAUACUAUGCAAGUCUAGGUGCUGUGGGAGAUUUUACUGAUGGACUUUUAAACUGGGCAUACGAUCGUCAAUGUGAGUGUGACCCCAUAAAUAAGCCCUAUUAUUUGGACUGUCUCCAAGAUCUAGCCCAAGGUCGAGGGAGUGAUGACCUCCAGACCAAAGUAGUUAUGGCAACCUCAGCUGGAGAUUACGGUUUAAAGGACCUUAAGAAUGCAUAUGGUUUGUUCGGGAUCAGUCAUGAGACCACUGAACCCGAUGAAAAUAUAAUAGACCUUUACAGGUCAUAUUUAGAGUCAACACCGCAUAUGAAAGAUGAAGCGAAUAGCUGUCUCCGUAUCAUCGCAAAGCAUAGAAACAGUGCAAGAAUUGAGUCUCUCGCUAAUGAAAAACAUAUGAAUUUUCACGAAGCAUUGGAAUUCUUAGGUGUUGGCCCUGAUACCGCCCCUGAGUUUAUUGAGGCUUCAGCAGUAGCAAUGUUUGCCGACGGUGAUAAGCAAAGGGUUACUCUCGCACUCAAGACAAUCGCAGAGCAGAAGCCAUGUGAUAUUACACUUCAGCGAGCGGCUGUCACAAUGGCUUCAAAGACAGGAGAGGUUAUUAUUAGUGUCAUAGAUGCUUACAAGUAUUUACAAAUCCCUUCAAACACGAUUUCUGACGAGGGUAUCCUAAACUACUUCCAAUCUCUACACGAUAAAGCUUCACCUGCAUUUAAAGAGCGCUUAUCUGAAGCUGUAAGGGUAAUUGCUCUGGAAAGAAAUAGCAGCUUUUUACUAGCUAAGCUCCAAGAUCCAGACGCCGAGGUACAGGCCAGCACAGCUGAGCCCGUCGGACUCGAUAAUAUUGGCAACACAUGUUAUCUCAACAGUUUACUCCAAUAUUAUUACACGGUGAAACCGCUUCGAGAUAUGAUCAUAAACUUUGAUAAUUAUCGCAUGGAGAUUAAUGAUGAAAACCUCAAGAAAAAGAAAGUAGGCGGUCGCCAAGUUGAAAAGGCCGAAAUAAUUAAGGCUCAAAGGUUUGUAGGAGAAUUACGUAAACUCUUUAUAAAACUAAAAACAGCGUCUACAAGCUCGGUCAGACCCACAAAAGAGCUCGCUGCCUUAACGAUUUUUAGCACUCAGGCAGAGCAAGCGGCUCGAAAAAAGUCCAUUAACGUUAUUCCCGAAAGCAAGACCAGCCUCGCUCAGGUCUGGCAAGACCAAACUUCUAGUCGAAUCUUUUCAUCACCGCAGGUGAUCGGAAACGAAGUGGAAAUGACUGAAAUCAUAAAAGAAAAAGAAGUCGAUAGAUUAGAUACUAGCAGUGAGGCCACAUUGGUUGAUGCUAAUUCCUCGUAUAGCGAAGAAUUUAAAUCUAAAAAUUGGAGCCCCACUCACAUAGACUCAAAUAUUGAGGAAAAAGAAUUCAAAUAUAUGCUUAAUUCAGAAUCUGGAGCAGACACUAUCACAACUAAUAAUGUUUCUGUAGAAGCUUCUCCCAGUGCUGUAGAGAUGCCAGAAAUUCCGCCACCAAUCCCACCUCGAAACAAGGCAGGCUUAGUUAUCACCACAGAUGAAUCUAACGAUAGUAAUUCAGUUGAUAAAUUGUGGGAUUUUGGCUCUCAACAAGACGUAACUGAAGUGAUCGGGAAUGUGCUUUUCCGACUUCAGUGCGCUAUCACUGCUACUGGAUACGAAUAUCCUUCGGGGGAACAAAUCGACAUCAUUCGCGAAAGUUUUUUCGGUGCAAACACGGUAUAUACACAAAAAUCUCAUAGUCUACAGCAGAAAGUUGAAGCUUGGUCAUACCUCCUUGUAUUUCCUGCAAAAAGCAUGACUCGUAGCAUAUAUGAGGCACUCGACAUCUCUUUCGAUGAGCAAAUGGUAGAAAUAGAUGGUUAUCUUGUGCCACAAUACACUUCCAUUAGUAGACUCCCUCGAAUCAUGCAAUUUCACAUACAGCGUACGGCUUUCGACCAAGAAAAUCUUAGAUCUUGGAAGAAUCGAACCCCUGUCACAAUACCAGAGACUUUAUAUCUUGAUAGAUAUAUGGAUGACUCUGACGAUCCUAACUCAGCAAUUUUGCGUCGGCGUCGCGAGACUUGGAUAUGGAAAAGACAGCUUGCCGCCCUCGAAGCAAGAUACGUCACUCUUUUAGACACUCAGGCAGACUUGAAUGUUCCUGACGCUUUGAUUGCCACUCAAGAAUGGAUCAGUAAAAUUCAGGAACUCGAAAUUGAUGGAAUUAAAAUCAAUCCUGAACUCCCUGAGCUUUUGGAAAUGCGUAUUUCCGAAAUUUCUCAUGAAAUUGACCAAAUAAGUAUGAGAAUAGCCGUGCUACAGCAGAAUCUGAAGAAUCAGUUCACAGAUAUGCGUAAACACGAAUAUAAACUUCAUGCCCUCUUUAUUCAUCAUGGGGAAGCCGGGGGAGGCCAUUAUUGGGUUUAUAUCUACGAUUCAGUGCAUGAUAUCUGGCGACAAUACAAUGACGAACAUGUGACGGAAGUGAGAAACCGAGACUUCAUAUUCAAGCAUGAAACCGUCGGUGGAGGCACUCCCUAUUAUGUAGUCUACGUCCGUAGCUCUGAACUAAAUGAGAUAGUGAAUCCAGUAUUUAGGGAAGUUUUAAACACUGAAACGGACAAUACUGAUCACCGCUUAACCAAUGAGGUACCUGAGGGAUUUUCCGCAUCAAACUGCGCCAAGGCUACCGAUGAGAUAGGAAACAUCGAAUAUGUCAGCUAA